UUAAAUAAUAAAUUAUAAAUGAUGUAAAUAAAUUAUAGAUUUGCGGGAACUGUUUUUUUAAUUUGUAUUUUAUAUUUGUUUUAUGUCAUGUUCGGGGCUCCGUACAAAGAAUAGCAUUAAUCCUGAAAAACAAUGUGACAUAAAACUACUAAGUUUAUCUUAUUAUUCCUUUCUUUUUAGCAGUUUUCCUCAUGUUUUGUUUAAUUUUCUGUGGUUACAGCAGAAUUUGCAGCAGUUUUGGUGUAAUUCAGGUAAGAUUCUUUCUGUAUAGGGCAAGCCCACAUCUGUAACUAAUCUGGAUAAAUUGCUCUCCAAAAAAAAAAAAAAAACUCUCAGCCAAGCACAACGUUGCCGUUGCAGCCAUUGAGCAGAAGCAGAUCGUGGGCCAAAUCGGAGGCAAAAGGUGGACAAAACCCCACUUUAGGACGCUCCAUGUUCCAGGAUAACCGCUCCAGCAUGUCCAGACCCAUGAUCACACGCUCACCAGUGUCCCCCUUGAGUAACCAGGGCAUCCCUACGCCGGCACAGCUCACCAAGUCCAACGCCCCCGUGCACAUCGACGUGGGCGGCCACAUGUACACCAGCAGCCUGGCCACCUUGACGAAAUUUCCCGAGUCGAGAAUCGGGCGUCUCUUUGAUGGCACAGAACCUAUAGUCCUGGACAGCCUGAAGCAGCACUACUUCAUCGACAGAGAUGGACACAUGUUCCGCUACAUCCUCAACUUCCUCAGGACGUCCAAGCUCCUCAUUCCAGAGGACUUCAAAGACUACAGCCUGCUGUACGAAGAGGCUCGGUACUUCCAGCUGCAGCCCAUGCUGGCCGAGCUGGAGCGCUGGCGCCAGGACCAGGAGCUGGGCCGGGUGUCCCGCCCCUGCGAGUGCUUGGUGGUGCGUGUUGCACCCGACCUGGGCGAGAGGAUCACGCUGAGCGGGGACAAGGCCCUGAUUGAAGAUGUUUUUCCAGAGAUCGGGGAUGUCAUGUGUAACUCGGUGAACGCAGGCUGGAACCAUGACUCCACACACGUCAUCCGCUUCCCUCUGAACGGAUACUGCCACCUCAACUCAGUGCAGGUUCUAGAGCGUCUCCAGCAACGUGGUUUCGAGAUCGCCGGCUCCUGCGGCGGAGGCGUGGACUCGUCCCAAUUCAGCGAGUACGUCCUGAGGAGGGAACUGAGGAGGACAAAUCAGCGAGGCCCCAAUUCAAACAGGAUAAAGCAGGAGCAGCUGGACUAAAAAAAAAAACCCUCCCAAACUGUAGGGGGCACUAGACUUUUCUGUCGCGAUCAAAUGCUACAGACCUCUACGGACGAUUCUUCUUCAUUUCCUUGUUGAUGUUCCAGUUUUCUUAAACUUAAGAACCAUCUAGGGAAUAAAAAUAAAGUGCAAGAGGAGAUUUUUGACAAGACAUUCGAGAAGUUUGAGAUUGCAAGGACAUUUGUGAUUGUCUAGCCCCCAAUAAACCAAUUCCACAGGAUUUAUAAGAGCUGGAUACCCAAACAAAGUUUAUUUUAAAACUUGGAGCCUACAUUAGGUUGAAUACAUGAAUUAAGUCUUUUAUUGCUGAUGUUGUACUGGGUUGUCAUUGGUGGAUUGAUUUUGUGGCCCGAUUGGUUUUCAAGUAUUUAAUCUUAAAAAAUAAAACUGAUGGAAUUGUCAUAAAAAUUCAAUUUCAAUGAUGCAUUUCAAACAGAGUUUCCAGUUAACAUUGUUUAUUAUUGUGAUACAAAUGAAGUGGUUUUGCAUUAGUUGAGGUUAUUUUUAAUGUUUUAUGCCAUCAAAUGAAAAAGAUAAUAGUUUCAUUAAAGCUUAAAUUCCUGAUAAAGACAUUAUUUUGUAAAUGUUUUACACCAUUUGCCUCAUUGGGGGGGGUGAACCUCAACUCCAUGUGCACCCUUGGGACUUAUUUAACUGGAUCAUAAUCUUACCUUGAGUCUUGUACAUUUUCAUUGUAUAUGUGUUUGUGUUUUUUACAUUUUUUAAAACGAAUUUGUUGCCUAAGACAUGACUGAACAGAUUAAAAGUUAUUGUUCUACCCAA